CUGUGCGACGCGUGCGCAUCCCAUUGUAUGCGCGUGAGGCUGUUUUUGGCGCGAGAGCGUCUAGCUCAUGCGCAUGCUGAUUGGCUGGAUUUGCCACUGGACGGAUGCAUGCGCGAGAGGCAGCAAACUCCUGUGUGCAGGGAAAAAGCCGCCGCCUCAGCCUCAUUAUCCAACACGAAUAGGAAAACAUCGAAAAAUAUCUCAGGGAGCUCUGAAUGCUGUGAUCAAGAAUCAUCUCUGCAUUUUAAGAGGUCACACCCUACAACAGAGCACUGUAGUUGACCACUUUCCUCCCCAGACCAGGGAGCCACACAGGUCACAUUAGCUCAUAGGAAAAACUUUUAGAAUCAGCCAUGGGAAAGAAGAACCAGAACCGUGAAGAUGAUGAGGCUGCUUCCUCAGAUGAGGAAGAGUAUGUAGUGGAGAAGGUUUUGGACAGGAGAGUUGUGAAGGGCCGUGUGGAAUAUUUCCUCAAGUGGAAAGGCUUUACAGACAAACACAACACAUGGGAACCAGAGAAGAACCUGGACUGUCCAGAGCUUAUCGCAGAGUUCAUGAAGACCUAUAAAAAGGGAAGCAGUGGAAGCACACCCAGCAGCAAGCCCUCCAGCACAGGCUCUUCUUCGGCCCGUCCCAAAGACAGUAGCGGCAGCAGCAGCACAAGCAAGAGGAAAAACUCAGAAGAAGAGAACGGGAGUGGCAGCAAACCCAAAAAGAAAAAGGAGGAUGAGAUUCUUGUAGCAAGAGGGUUUGAGCGAGGCCUGGAGCCUGAGAAGAUUAUUGGAGCAACAGACUCUUGUGGAGACCUUAUGUUCCUUAUGAAGUGGAAGGACUCUGAUGAGGCAGACCUUGUGCUUGCAAAGGAAGCCAAUCACAAGUGCCCACAGAUCGUCAUUGCCUUCUACGAGGAGCGUCUGACCUGGCAUGAAGACGGCGAUAAGAAGGAAAAGAGUGCCACGGCAGUUUAAAUGGCAUAAGGGGGAGGAAAGACAGAGUCCUCCAAACCUUGUGCCCUUUGUCGCACCGGUGACACUCUCAUAGCCAACUUUUAACGGACCAUUUAGAAAAAGAAACAGCCAGCGAGUAAUGGAGGUUACUGCCCACUUUGACAACCUCUGUCCACCCUUCAUGAAACAGCAUCACUCACCAGACAAAAACCGAAAGGCCAUGGCGAACUGUGGCUGCAGCAGAGAGCGGUGGAAUGCGAUCUCUUUUCUCUUACUCUCUCUGAUCUUCCUUCUGUUUUGUCAUUAUUUGUGUAUUUGUGCCCCUACAACUAUGUUCUUAUGAUGUGUUGUGUGCUAGUGUAGAUGUGAAACGAUGAAAACCCAUACAUGCCAACCUUGAAACUUUAUGAUUUCGUAGUAUUGCUGACAUGACUGAAAAAAAAAAAACGGUUGAGGUUCAGCGUUCAUCUGUAACGCUGGAUAAAGGGUUAUUCCAAUCAGGUAGAAAGAAUUUUGCUGUAUCACAAUUUUUUUACUGUAAUAAUGACCCAUGUGGGGUAAAAUCCUGUGAUUUAUUUUAUUUUUUUAUUCUUUUUUUGGCUUCUAAUUGUCAGUAAAGCCACAUAACAGAACUUUACCUUAUGAUUACUUGCCCAGAUUAAAAUUAGGACAAUUAGUUAUUGGCUUUUUUUUUUUUUUUUUUUUUUACUUUCUCCAUCUAACAUCUGUGCAAAAAUUAUAUAACUCUUCUAGUGUCAAAAUUGGCCCUUUUUAACCAUUCUUAAUCUUUAAACGUAUCACUCUUGCUUGUUGGAGGGCAGACAAUCGUCAUCAUGUGAGUGUGAAAUGGGACAUUUUUAUCAGUUUCCACACACUUUUUUUUUCCUUUAUUCAUUUUGCUCCACAAGUCUAACUGAUAUACUCCCUCUUGUGGCUGAUUUUGGUGAACACAUUCCCUGUUUGACCUCAUGAACUCAGCUGUCCUCAUUCACGUGGUAGAUUAAAUAUAUAUAUCGGGUUCUUAUUACUUUUUUAACCUAGAGUUGACUCAAUAAAAUGGUGUUUAUCAAGGUCACGUGACUACACUGGAGUUUUGUGCUCUGUAGUGCUUUUUUUUUGUUCUUUUACAGAGCCACUGAACAAAGCUAUUUACAUUGACAGCCUUUGAGAUCAUUUACAACAGGAAAAGUGUUUUAUUUUAAAAGUAUGGACACAGUCCACUGGCAAUAGAAUAGUGGGAAAGGUUUUGUUUGCGAUGGAGUUGUUUGUAAUGGGGGGAAAAGGUUUUAAACAUUUAAACAGGGUUGAACAUGUAGUUACUUUUUUUUUGGUAUGGUUUUUGUUGGAUUGCAAAAAGACCAUCCUUGCCAUGAUCAUUUCCACAGAUGAAUCAGUUUUUGCAGUUGUUUUUAAAAUGUGCAACAAUAGAUGUCUUUUUCUAUGUUAUGUGCACAGCCUUUUUUUAAUGUCAUGUACCAAAUUGUAGUAAAUCUAGUUUUCAACACUAACCGUUGAACGUUUUUGGAAACCCUAAACCCUGGCUUUUUGACUCAAAGUCAUACUAAAUAAAUUUCAUUGUAGUGCUGA